AUGAACAGACCACCACAGGGUGGUCAGCAACGCUUAGGUGCAACAUGGUAUCCAGGGGGGCAAGAUGACUUCUACAUGCCAGAGGUCAUAUCCCCAUCUCCUCAAAGAGUGAUGCCAGAAGUGCCCGAGAACAUGCAGGACAAUAUUGCUGAGAUGGAAUACCACGCUGACCCCCGCCGCGGUCAACAACAACCGCAAUACCAACGCGCCCACACCUAUCCCGAGCGCACUUCUUCCGCCGUCCAAGGUCCACCCCAACACAGUCAGGUUCACGAUCCCAGUUCCUACGCGCAAUCCGCGACAUAUGACAGCAUGGAUCACCCCAACUUCUCACCGUUCCCGGUCUUGCGGAACCCACCACCUAACGUCCCGCCCACCGAUGAACAGAGAGAAGCGAACCUAGAGCGCGCGCGGAUGGCCGUGCUGUCCACUACAGACCCGGAGAUGCAACUCGCAUGGGCCUUGGAUGCACUCGCCUUUGUCGAGGUCGCCGCGCAGAACGAUGUCCGCCUCUGUUUGACCCAACCGCCACGCCCGCAAACCCCGCAGGUGGAGCGGCAGCUGAGAGUUGACGCGAUGAACAUUGUCAGCUUUCUCGCCGAGCAGCGCCAUCCCAAAGCGGAAUUCAUCAAGGGCAUGUGGCUCGAGUUUGGCAAAUUUGGCUGCCCUGUAGAUCGCAAGGAGGCAUUCCGAUCAUACUCCCGAGCCGCCGAGAAGGGAUAUGCGCGUGCUGAAUACCGGAUCGGAAUGCAGUUUGAGAGCUCGGGCGAGCCGGAGAAGGCGAUCAAACAUUACCAGCGGGGUGUUGCGCGGGCAGAUUCUGCCUCGUACUAUCGCCUGGGAAUGAUGAUUCUUUUGGGUCAGCAUGGACAGCACCAGGAUUUCAAUACUGGGUUGGAAUACAUCCGGCUGGCGGCACAGUCAUGCGACCAGAACGCACCGCAAGGUGCAUACGUAUACGGCAUGCUCUUGGCUCGAGAGCUCCCUCAAGUGAGCGUCCCGGAAAGCUUCCUACCCCUUGAUCUGAACCUGGCACGUGUCAAUAUCGAAAAGGCGGCAUAUCACGGGUUCGCCAAGGCUCAGGUCAAGAUGGGUGCUGCAUAUGAACUCUGUCAGUUGAGCUGUGAUUUCAACCCCGCGCUAUCGCUGCACUACAAUGCACUGGCAGCCCGCCAGGGCGAGCCCGAAGCCGAGAUGGCGAUCAGCAAAUGGUUCCUGUGUGGACAUGAGGGUAUCUUUGAGAAGAACGACGAGCUGGCAUUUACAUAUGCCCAGCGCGCGGCUCAGAGUGGUCUUCCCACGGCUGAAUUCGCCCUGGGCUACUUCUAUGAGGUUGGUAUCUUUGUGCCGGUGGACAUCAAGGAAGCCCGCUCUUGGUAUGCCAAGGCCGCUGCCAGUGGUAACAAGGAUGCAUCUGGUCGGAUUGAAAGUAUCUCGCGCUCAAAGACUCUGUCCAGAAAGGACCAUGAAAAGAUCGCAAUAUCACGCAUCAAGUCGACACGAUAUACCGCUCAUCAGCGAGGCAAUUCACUGGAAUCAACCCCAGAGAAUAUCCAAAUGCCAGAUCCUUCGAGAAUGACCUUGUCUGACGGCCCACCAUCUGCGGCUCCUUACCCCGAUCGUCCUCACUCUACUCGUCCCCGGCCCCAACAGGGUUAUCAGCUGUCAGACACUCGCCCAAGCUCUGCUUUCGGUGUCAACCCCAACCUUCGAUCCAAUGCACCCUCGGGAUAUGGUGGCCCACCUCCCCAAGGCCCCCUGAAAUCUCGAACUCCGUCCUAUGGACCUAACGGACCCGUGAACUACCGCCAGCCUGGCCCUGGAACACCUCUCAGCGCUCCUGCUGGGCCUACAAGCCCGCAGGCUGGUAACACGAUCGGUCCUGGCGGGGCUCCUCGUCUCGAUAUUGGCUAUUCUGCACCAAUGCCGCCUCCAGGUGGGCGACGGCCACCACCUCGACUUGACUCGGCUCCGGAUCGCAAGCCUAUGAGACCUCCUGUUUCUAGCCACUCCGGAAUGUCCUCACCCGGUGUGGCAUCUCCUCGUCCGCCCGGUUCACCCUCGUUCCCUCCACGUAUGGAGUCCCGGCAACCAUCUCACGGGUCGGGUGCCUCUACACCUCAGCCGGCGCCCUCGGUCGCGUCGUCGACUUCAUCCGCGCCGCAACAGAAGCCCGCCAAGCCACCGAGCAAGGGACCCAAGACCUUUGAAGAGAUGGGUGUUCCUAGUGCGAAUAAAGACAGUGAUUGCAUUGUGAUGUGA